AUGCUGGACUUCUGCUCGGGGAAACGUGCGCGUGCGACCUGGGCUGCCCCCAAGUGUGACUCCAGUGCUGUGAGGUUUCGAGGAUUGGCAGAGGGGACCCAGGGGACCAUGAAAAUGGACAUGGAAGACGCUGAUAUGACUCUGUGGACAGAGGCUGAGUUUGAAGAGAAGUGUACAUACAUUGUGAACGACCACCCCUGGGAUGCUGGCGCUGAUGGUGGGGCCUCUGUCCAGGCUGAGGCGUCCUUACCAAGGAAUCUGCUUUUCAAAUAUGCCACCAACAGCAAAGAGGUUAUCGGAGUGGUGAGCAAAGAGUACAUACCGAAGGGAACACGUUUUGGACCUCUCAUAGGUGAAAUCUAUACCAACGAUACAGUUCCCAAAAAUGCCAACAGGAAAUAUUUUUGGCGGAUCUAUUCCAGAGGGGAGCUUCACCACUUCAUCGACGGCUUUAAUGAAGAGAAAAGCAACUGGAUGCGCUAUGUAAACCCAGCGCACUCUGCCCGGGAGCAAAACCUGGCUGCGUGUCAGAACGGGAUGAACGUUUACUUCUACACCAUUAAGCCCAUUCCCGCCAACCAGGAACUUCUUGUGUGGUAUUGUCGGGACUUUGCAGAAAGGCUUCACUACCCUUAUCCGGGAGAGCUGACAAUGAUGAAUCUCACACAGACACAGAGCAAUCCAAAGCAACCGAGCACUGAGAAAAAUGAACUCUACCCAAAGAGUGUCCCAAAGAGAGAGUACAGCGUGAAAGAAAUCCUGAAGCUGGACUCCGCCCCCUCCAAAGGAAAGGACUUCUACCGUUCUAACAUUUCACCCUUCGCUUCAGAGAAGGACAUGGACGACUUUAGAGGAAACGGGAGUCCCGAAAUGCCUUUCUAUCCCCGAGUGGUUUACCCCAUCCGGGCCCCGCUGCCCGAAGACUUUCUGAAAGCAUCCCUGGCCUAUGGGAUGGAGAGACCGACAUACAUCACUCACUCCCCCAUCCCGUCUUCCACCACCCCAAGUCCCUCGGCAAGAAGCAGUCCCGACCAAAGCUUCAAAAGCUCCAGCCCUCACAGCAGCCCGGGGAACACCGUGUCCCCUGUGGCUCCCGGCCCCCAAGACCACCGGGAUGCCUACACUUACUUGAACGCACCCUACGGCUCGGAGGGUUUGGGCUCUUACCCUGGAUACGCGUCCCUGCCGCACCUCCCACCAGCCUUCAUUCCCUCCUACAACGCCCAUUACCCCAAGUUCCUCUUGCCCCCCUACGGCAUGAAUUGUAACGGCCUGAGUCCUGUGAGUAGCAUGAACGGCAUCAACAACUUUGGCCUCUUCCCGAGGCUGUGCCCCGUCUACAGUAACCUCCUGGGUGGAGGCAGCCUGCCUCACCCCAUGCUCAACCCAGCAUCUCUCCCAAGCUCGCUGCCCUCGGACGGGGCCCGGAGGUUGCUCCAGCCUGAGCAUCCCAGGGAUGUGCUGGUCCCGGCGCCCCGCAGUGCCUUCUCUCUCACCGGGGCCGCCGCCAGCCUGAAGGACAAGACCAGCAGCCCCACGAGUGGGUCUCCCACGGCGGGGACAGCCGCCAUGGCGGAACACGUGGUGCAGCCCAAAGCUACCUCAGCAGCCAUGGUGGCCCCCAGCAGCGACGAAGCCAUGAAUCUCAUUAAAAACAAGAGGAACAUGACUGGCUACAAGACCCUUCCCUACCCGCUGAAGAAGCAGAAUGGCAAGAUUAAGUACGAGUGCAACGUGUGCGCCAAGACUUUCGGCCAGCUCUCCAACCUGAAGGUCCACCUGAGAGUGCACAGCGGAGAACGGCCUUUCAAGUGUCAGACGUGCAACAAGGGCUUCACGCAGCUCGCACACCUGCAGAAACACUACCUGGUACACACGGGAGAAAAGCCACAUGAAUGCCAGGUCUGCCACAAACGAUUCAGCAGCACCAGCAAUCUCAAGACUCACCUGCGACUCCACUCUGGAGAGAAACCUUACCAGUGCAAGGUGUGCCCUGCCAAGUUCACCCAGUUCGUGCACCUGAAACUACACAAGCGUCUGCACACCCGGGAGCGACCCCACAAGUGUGCCCAGUGCCAUAAGAGCUACAUCCAUCUCUGCAGCCUCAAGGUCCAUCUGAAAGGGAACUGCCCUGUGGCCCCGGCUGCCGGGCUGCCCCUGGAGGACCUGACCCGAAUCAACGAAGAGAUCGAGAAGUUUGACAUCAGCGACAAUGCCGACCGGCUCGAGGACGUGGAGGAUGACAUCCACGUGAUCUCUGUGGUGGAGAAGGAAAUUCUGGCCGCGGUCAGAAAAGAGAAAGAAGAAACUGGCCUGAAAGUGUCUUUGCAAAGGAACAUGGGGAACGGACUCCUGUCCUCAGGGUGUGGCUUUUAUGAGUUAUCAGACCUGCCCCUCGUGAAGGUGCCUCCCAGCAACCCACUACCUCUGGUACCUGUAAAGGUCAAACAAGAAACAGUCGAACCAAUGGAUCCUUAAGAUUUUCAGAUUUGUUUUUUUUCUUUUUGAAGUUAUGACUUGGCGAGUCAGGGUGCCUGUAGCAAGUCACGUGUACAGAAUUCCAGACCUGCAAAGCUCUCCUGACGGCACAUGGUUUCACCUCUCUGGAAUUCAAGAAGGAACUCCAAAGUUACUGAAAUCUCAGGGCAUGAACAAGGCAAAGACAAUAUACAUAUAUAUAUAUAUAUGUAUAUAUAUAUAUAUAUAUAUACAUAUUAUAUAUACUUAUUUACACAACGUCUAUAUAUUUGAACCUGUGUAUUUUGACUAUUUGUGUGGCUAUGUUGGCAUAGCCUUUCCAUUACUAAGACUAUUACCUAGCCAUAAUUAUUUUUUCAGUGGUAAUCAUUCAUAAUUUAUUAUAUAGUUUAUCAUUCAAAAAGCAAUAAUUAAGGAAGUUUACAAUGACUGGAAAGAUUCCUUGUAAUUUGAGUAGAAAUGUUGUAUUUUUGUCUUGUGGCCGUUAUUUGUAGAUAAGUUCUGCACAUCUGUUUAAGUACCUAAGAGUUAGUAAACAAAUGUAUGACUCCAGUCAACCUCUCUCUAAUAAUGGUUAGAAAAUGAGGUUUUGGUGUUGCCAAAGUGAGACAGUUGAUGUGUUAGUUCAUCGGGUUGUAUCAUUUGAGCUGCAUUGUAUAUAACUUGGGGGUAUGUGUGCAGAAUUACCCAAUAAUAACUUGUUAAAAGAAGUGAGAAAGGGGGUUUUGUAUUUUCUUGUUGGUAGUUCAUAUUUUUUCCCCAGCCAUAAUUUGACCGCAAGGUGACAGGUAGGCUUUGUCAAUCUGUCUCUCCAAAAGGGCAGUGUCCUCCCACCCCAUCCCCAAGGUCCUGUGACCAUUCACAGUGGCCACAUGACUUUGGCAUCCCAAUGUCUGAUCUGAAAAUGUGAAGAAGACAAAAUGCCAUGUUUAAAACCACUGCAAAAUGUUCCCAGAGCACCGGUGGUUUUGUAUGUGUGAGGUUCGGGGGCUUCAGUCUGGGUUUUGUUUUGUUGUUGGUUUACUUGUUUUUUUAUGUCAAAAUUGCACAAACAUGGUGCUCUACCUAGAAGGAUUUGAGGUAGACAGGCUCAGGCCACACUUGCAAAACAAAGAAAAACAAACAAACAAACAAAAAAAAACGGGUAUUCUGGUCACCUUGGGGUAAAACGGGUAAUGAACAUUCCUAUCCCCAACACAUCAAUUGUAUUUUUUCUGUAAGACUCAUUUUCCUCAGUAUUUGUGUUUUUGCAUUUUAUGGUAAUUUAAAUUGAAGAUGUAAGGGCAUUGCAAAGUUGUUUGACAACAAUUACCUCAUUGAGUGUGUCCAGUCGUGCAGGAAAUGUCUUAUCUGAUGAUUUGCUACUCUCGAGGAGAAACCAAGUAAGUGUGCUCCAGAAAGAUAGACUUUGUGUCACUCUAUCUUUUACUCUGCUAAGCCCAAAGAUUGCAUGUUGGCGUUUAAGGUGUAGCAAAGAAUGAUGUAUAUUUAUAAAUCUAUUUAUACCACUAUACCGUGUAUAUAUAUAUAAUAUAUUUAUAACCACUUAAAUUGUGAGCCAAGCCAUGUAAAAGAACUUACUUUUCUUAAGGGCAAAAACAAAAAGCCCUUUCUGAGACUUUGCUUAAUAUUUGAUGACCUCACAAUCAAGUCGGUGUACUUGGGUACCGUACCCCUUGCCUAUUGUAAGAGACCCUGAAACCUUGUUGCAAAGGAGGGGACCACAUAGCAACCAGAAAGAAAGAGAUACAUUGUUUUUAUCAUUAAGGACCAUCCAAGGCAGCUUAAUUUUUGUUUUGUCACAUUAGGAUUAUGUGGUCACACCCAAGUCACAGAAAGAGAAAUCUUAAUAUGACUUCCUUUACCACUGUAACUUUUCUCUCUUCCUCUUCCUGAAUAUUGAAACAUCACUAGUCAAUCUAUUUUAUAACUAUGCAGCAUAAUGUUCGUGUCAACUAAUGUUCACCUGCAGAAGAGAACAAAUUUCAAGUAAUCCAGGGAAACCCAAGAGCCUUACUGAUCUGUAACUAGCAAGACUGACAACUUUUUACAUUUCAGUGUUUGGUAGACAUAGUCCUUAAUUGAGGGUAAACCAAAGCACCACAUUGACAUUGACACCAAAUAAUUUUUAUUACCAACUACUCAUUUGUUCCUUUUCUUCGUUUGUGCUUUCUUAUAUUGUAUUGAGAAUUUUUAGAGCGAAUUCUUGCUUCUCUGUCCUUCCCUCUUUGGCCUCUUACAUGUGAAUGUUGAGCCCACAAUCAACAGUGGUUUUUAUUUUUUUCCUCUACUCAAAGUUAAAACUGACCAAAGUUACUGGCUUUUUACUUUGCUAGAACAACAGACUAUCUUAUGUUUACAUACUGGUUUACAUUGUUAUUUAUGUGCAAGUUGUCAAAAUGUAAAUUAAAUAUAAAUGUUCAUGCUUUACCAA